AUGACGAAUGUCCCUGCGGAGACUCUUGGUGUCGCAGAUGUCCCUGCGGAGACUCUUGGUUUCGCAGAUGUCCCUGCGGAGACUCUUGGUGUCGCAGAUGUCCCUGCGGAGACUCUUGGUUUCGCAGAUGUCCCUGCGGAGACUCUUGGUUUCGCAGAUGUCCCUGCGGAGACUCUUGGUGUCGCAGAUGUCCCUGCGGAGACUCUUGGUUUCGCAGAUGUCCCUGCGGAGACUCUUGGUUUCGCAGAUGUCCCUGCGGAGACUCUUGGUGUCGCAGAUGUCCCUGCGGAGACUCUUGUUAUCGCAGAUGUCCCUGCGGAGACUCUUGGUUUCGCAGAUGUCCCUGCGGAGACUCUUGGUGUCGCAGAUGUCCCUGCGGAGACUCUUGGUUUCGCAGAUGUCCCUGCGGAGACUCUUGGUUUCGCAGAUGUCCCUGCGGAGACUCUUGGUAACGCAUUUCUCCUUGCGGAGAACUUAUUUGACGCAGCGGUCUCCUGCGGGUCUCAAUUGUCAUCACAGCGUCCCCCUGCGGAGUUCACUUGGUAA